AUGGCCAACUUUAAUAAAAGCAGGUAUGUUAACAGAGAUUUGGUUUCACCAAAUGUCAUUUGGCAGAGUCCUGUGGAAUGUUUAAUACGACAUUGUUCUUAUCAAGCAGCUCAGCAAGAGACAGUUCCUUGGAAACAUCGGCCGCAUUUAUUAAAAGCAUUUGGAAGGUUGCACAUGAGAAAAUAAGGUCAGACAUAAUAACAUCCAUAUUUUGUUGGAGGGGCUGCUUGGACUUCCCCACCUGCUGAAUGCUCUAGCCACCCUACUGAACGAAUGAAAACAUACCUGGCAGCAGUUCUACUCCAACCUGUUGAAAGUGGGCAAAGGGAGAAACAUUUGAAGGCUUAACCUGAGUGUGUGUGUGUGUUCGCGCGCAUGCGCAAUUGCUACUGCUAGAUGAUAGACAGAGCUGGGCGGGGGAAUGGCAUAAACACACACACACACACACACAUAUAUAUAUAUAUAUAUAAUAGUAUUUUUCGCUCUAUAAGACGCACCAGACCAUAAGACGCACCUAGUUUUCGGAGGAGGAAAACAAGAAAAAAAAUAUUCUGAAUCUCAGAAGCCAAAACAACAAGAGGGAUCGCUGCACAGCAAAAGCAGCAAUCCCUCUUGCUGUUCUGGCUUCUGGGAUAGCUGUGCAGCCUGCAUUCGCUCCAUAAGACGCACACACAUUUCCCCUUACUUUUUAGGAGGGAAAAAGUGAGCCUUAUAGAGCAAAAAAUACGGUAUAUAUUUCUGUCCAGCUUACUCAAAUCCAAUUGCAAUCUAAGAGAAUUAACAUUAAACCAGGCACGGUUGGGAAUACUAAUUGUAAUAAUCCUUACCAUUGACAGAGAAUGUGCAAACCACUUUACUUUACACUGUUGCACUAACUUUACAAUGAUUCUGUAAAGUAGGUGUUAGUUAUUUAUUUUUAAGUCCCUGUAUUACAGAUGGGGAAUAGACACAGGCUGAGAGCUAGAUUUUGCUAGGGAUGGGGGGGAAUGGUCUAUUUCCAGUCCAUGGCCCUUCUUAUUCCAUCCCAUUUCUGCAAUAAUCUUUGACUGAUAGAUUGAUUUAAAAUCCUUACAGAAAUUCACAGUUGAAUAUACAUUUGAAUUGCCUCUAUCUCUAAGCACGCAUUUCCAAAUGCAUUUUCCUCUCAAAAUACUUUUUAAAUGCAUUUUGAUGUGCUUUUUCUUUAGCUGAUUAUUGCAUUGUAAAAUUUGGAAAAGGGCAAAAACGCAAAGAUUUGAUCUAUGUGUUGGUCCAGCUGGUACAAAUCAGGUCAGUUCAUAUCGGAAGCCACAACAGUCAAAUUCCCGAAGUAUAUCCCAGAGGCUGUUAAAAACCACCCUGUGACUUCAGGACUUUGUCAAGCUUUGAAUGGAGGAUUCCCAGGUUCACAAAUCUGUCUCUCAGUCAAUAUACAAGUUGAGCUCUGACAAAAUUCCCAGCUCUUGUUACUUUUGGUGAAUUCGCUUGCCUUCCAAGUUUGAUAUUAUAGGUUUCAGUCACGGGUUGGCCUCAAGUGAGGGUUGCUCCAGGAUUCCCCAAACUUCUCAAGGUGGAGAGAAACAACAGCAGGCUGAGUCUCUUCAUCUCCCACUGAUUUGGCAGGCAAAGAAAAGAUCAUUCCUGAGAAUGUGUGGUUUGGCUUGGCUCACUCACCUAAGUUAUUUUAAGCUCCUCCAUCCUCACCCUACCACCACUGCACCUGCUUUGUGGUUAUAUUGUAAUCUGUUAGGGAGCCUGGAUGGUCGUAAUCAUUCUUUUUCUUUUUUUUAAUAGCAUCCAGUUCAGACCCAUGCAGAAGAUAAAGGGAAUCCCCACCAGAGAGAGAGAAUUUCCCAGUUUUGAUACCAUGAAACUACUUUCUAGAUGCCUUGUAGAAAACGUUUUGCCUCCUAUUUUCUAAAGUGGCCAGAAUUCAUGAGCAACAAACAGUAUUUAUUGUCAACAGAAAACCUAAACUGAUCUGCAUAUCACAAAUAAUAUAAGCAAAGGUAAUUACAGUGGUACCUCUGGUUACGUACUUAAUUCAUUCCGGAGGUCCGUUUUUAACCUGAAACUUUUCUUAACCUGAAGCACCACUUUAGCUAAUGGGGCCUCCUGCUGCCGCUGCGCCGCCAGAGCACGAUUUCUGUUCUCAUCCUGAAGCAAAGUUCUUAACCCGAGGUACUAUUUCUGGGUUAGCGAAGUCUGUAACCUGAAGCGUAUGUAACCCGAGGUACCACUGUACAGCAUUAGAUGUUUUAUGGUCAGAAAUAAAAAGCCACUUGAGGAGACAUGCAGGCCUCUGCAUGGACUCUGAAGGCUCAUGUAGAUCUCUGCUUGUCCCACCACUUUCCCCCCAGGGACACGGCUGGUGCUGUAGUCUAAACUGCUGAGCCACUUGGGCUUGCCGAUCAGAAGGUUGGCAGUUCGAAUCCCCGCAAUGGAGUGAGCUCCCGUUGCUCUGUCCCAGCUCCUGCCAACCUAGCAACCCAGCAGUUCAAAAGCACACCAAUGCAAGUAGAUAAAUAGGUGGCAGGAAGGUAAAUGGCAUUUCCAUGCACUCUGGCUUCCAUCAUGGUGUUCCGUUGCACCAGAAGCGGUUUAAUCAUGCUGGCCACAUGACCCAGAAAGCUGCCUGUGGACAAACGUCAGCUCCCUUGGCCUGAAAGUGAAAUGAGUGCCGCAACCCCAUAGUUGCCUUUGACUGGACUUAACCGUUCAGGGGUCCUCUACCUUUUACAUCCCCCCCCCCCCGGGAAACCUGAUCUUUGCUGCUGAAAAAGUGAACCCUCAGGCAGGAUUUGCAUGUUCAUCUCAUAGGAAGCUGAGAUUGUUCCUUGUAAUAUCCCUAACCCAAGUUUUGAGGGGUAGGUAGGAAGGGGCAUCUCUCUCCCCAUUAUCUUUAAGAUAACAGACUGUAUAAGGCAUAUAAAUGAGUUUGUAGCCAUUCUUUUUACUUCUUUCUCAAAAUGUUCCCCAUCCCUUGCUAUCCCACAUAUCCAAUCUCUAUCAUUUGAAUGUACAGCAGGAUGAAUGGUCCUUUUCACAUGUUACUGUAAAGUGGGUCAUCUGAGUCUAUUAGCUAGGAAAGUUAUGGGGAUGCUUUCCUUGAAGCUCUUCUUUCUUUCUUUCUUUCUUUUGAAGGACAUCUGUCGAUGCACCUGUGAGGAAUUUGGGCUGUGAUUCUCCACACAUUUUCCAGGGAGUAAAACUGAAUAGGACUUCUGGGUAA